GAAAUUAAAACCAGGAUAAUCUGUGCACUAAAGUGAUAAUUCGUUUGCCAAAAUCGAGAUUGUCUCUGAAAGCCAAGUGAAAAAUUCUCAGUCUAAAACGCGAUUUCUAGUGCCCUAAAACAGGAAAUUUAAGAAAAUGGAGUACCUCACAAAAUUCUACGAUGGCUGGCGGGAUCUUAUGGACAACAAAUCAGAUCCGCGAACACGAGACUACCCGCUCAUGAGCUCGCCGUUCCCCACGAUAGCCAUCAGUCUGACAUACGCGUACUUCGUGAAGGUACUCGGCCCGAAGCUCAUGGAAAACAGAAAACCCUUUGAGCUGCGCAAAGUCUUGAUCGUCUAUAAUGCCGCCCAAGUUAUCUUCAGUGCCUGGCUGUUUUACGAGUCCUGCAUAGGCGGAUGGCUGAACGGCUAUAACUUGAGAUGCGAACCCGUUGAUUAUUCCUACUCGCCCAAAGCGAUACGUACCGCUGAGGGAUGCUGGUGGUACUACUUCUCCAAGUUCACCGAGUUCUUCGACACCUUCUUCUUCGUGAUGCGCAAGCGUUACGACCAGGUGUCCACUCUGCAUGUGAUCCACCACGGCAUCAUGCCCGUCUCCGUCUGGUGGGGCGUCAAGUUCACUCCCGGCGGCCACUCGACCUUCUUCGGCUUCCUGAACACCUUCGUGCACAUCAUAAUGUACGCCUACUACAUGCUGGCCGCGAUGGGACCUAAGGUUCAGCGCUACCUGUGGUGGAAGAAGUACCUCACCGUGCUGCAGAUGAUCCAGUUCGUCCUUGUGAUGGUGCACUCCUUCCAGCUGUUCUUCAAGAAUGACUGCAACUACCCCAUCGGAUUCGCGUACUUCAUCGGCGCCCAUGCUGUGAUGUUCUACUUCCUGUUCUCCAACUUCUACAAGCGCGCUUAUGUGAAGCGUGAUGGCAAGGACAAAUCGGCUGUGAAGGCCAACGGACAUGCCAACGGCCACGUCAAGGCCCUGAAGGACGGCGAGGUGGCGCCCAUCCGCAACGGAAAGGUCAACGGAUUCCACAACACCUUCUCCAAGUUCACCACGGAAAUGUGCAACCCGGCCCUGAACUCCAACUCCGCGGCGAGACAACGCGUCCCGGUCAACGCGGGAAAUAAGUGAGGAGCCGCCAGCCAGCCAACCAGCCAGCCAGCCAAACAUGAAACAAACAUAACCAUAAAUUAAUUACGCUACCAAUUAAAUUACCGUACAUUUAAAUUAAACAUAAGCAUAGGGAGUCGAAGCCUACAUCUAAGCAAAAACGAAUUCGCAAAUCAAAAUCAGUUAACGACAAGGAGAAGCAAGCAAAAACAUUAUUUCAGGGGCAUCCAAUCCAUGGUGAUCGCACGUAGGGAUCACAGAUCGCUGGCAAACUGCUCUCUAUCUCUACUUAUAUGGAUAUGUUUUCUAUAUAUAUACCUUCAUAAAUAUCAGCAUAUACCACCCGAUGUCAUGUACAUAGAUCGUUCAUAGUUGCCGAGGAUUUUAUUUCAUUUAAUUAUAGUACUUAAUAAUGCAUCUUAAUGGAACGGUGGCAGCUCGAGGGCUCAGCUCCAAGUUGCCAAGUUUAUUCGCUUUACUCAUCUAUUUUUCUAUAUUUUUGUACUUUUGGAAACGCAAGCGAUACUUUUUAAUACGUGUAUAUUAUUUAAUUGGAUUGAUUUGAACAAACGAAAUGUGUUUUUAUUUUAUAAAUAAAUUCGAGAUAGAAACUAAA